AAGUACCUAGUCUUUGAAUAAUCACAAUGAAUUAAUUGAAUUAUACAAUCAUAUGUGUAUGUGAUUGUUACAAUUGAACACAUAAUUGAAACCCACUUUGAGUCUAAAAUCUGGAGGAACCAUCUUCUCUCUCAUUGUUACAAACUCUUUUUAGUAUGUUUUAAUUUAGUUCAAAACAUCCAAACACUCGAUUUUACAUUCUUGCAACUAGAGUUUUAGUACUUAAUCAACAAACAUUUUCCACAAUACUCCUCGUGGUUCAACACCCGACUUACCCUAUCUAAUAAGGUAGUUGGGUAUGAGUUUUUACUCGUAUUUUUUUCUGACCCUUAGACAUCGGUCACUGGCAUGUGUAAAUGACUAAAUUGUUUUCAAUUAGAGUUGCAGUUCAUGGCGAAUAACUCUUCAAAUUGUGGAAAUAGAUUCGCCAUAUAGUUCUUAUUCAAUCUGUUUAUAGUUUGCAGGUCAGUGAUUUAUAGAUCUGGUGUGCUGAGAUAAUAUUAGAUGGUCGUGUGCUCAAGAUGUCAGCAUAUGGGCAUCAUAUGGAGUGGAAAUAUUCAACAUGUAGUCUCUCAACCGAUGACGAAUUUGAUCCUUCCACCAUUUCUUCUACCAUGCGCCUGUCUCACUUCAAUUUCCAACGUUACUACAUUAGUUUGUUAAGUGUGGUUGCCGUCGUAUGGUGGUUGGUGGUCACACAUAGCAUUUUGAUUUUUGAAGGAGAGGUAGAUGAAGGGGUUUCAACAUUCGCUUUUGGUCAUGAAGUUAUGUUUUUUGGUAUACAGCCUUUGAAGAACUGGUGGACAGUUGGUCAUUUGUAUCAGAAUCACAGUCUAGAAUGUAGAAGGCUCAUACAAGUUAUUGGAGGUCAAAACGAAGGAUGUUGAGAUUGGUUUUGAGAUCCUCAUAAUUCAAUUUUGGAGAAGAUGGUUGCAGGGACAAUGUAUUAUAUUUAAUAGGAAGCGAAUGAUGGUGGUGAGUAGAAUACUCAUGAAGCUGAGGUUUGGGUGAAGCCAUAGAUGAAGUCCACCAGCUACACCACCCAAUUUAAGGUAGUCAGCAGGCAGCGGGCUCAAUGGAGGUUGUAUGUUGCAUCCUCUUGUUGAACAGAUUUGUCUCAAUGAAUACCAGGACUGGCUCAAUGCAAUAAUGGUUAUCGCCUGAGGCAAAGACGGAGUCCAAAUAGAGGUGGUCUAUACCCUCUAGCCCGCUCAGUAAAAUUUGUUUUAAUUUGAUAUGUUCUUAAUUUGUAAGCCCCGGUCACAACGCAAGGGGGUUUCCACCUAAUUUUUAUCAAUUGAAAACAAUGCAGUGUUGAGUAUUUUCACUUCGUAUUGUGUUAAGUUUGAGGGUGGUGAUGGAAACACUUCUACACAAAAUUGAGGAGUACGUAAUGAUGAAGUCAUGACUUUAUCAGCAAGACUCAAGCCAAGCAAUUGGUCAGCCGAAACAAC